AUCCUGCCGACAGACCGAGGAAAUUCCGACGGAAUUCCGAUGCCAACGGCUAGUUCGUCGGAAUUUCCUCGGAAUUUUUAAAAUCCCCCAACGGCUCUCUAACGUCUAUAAUAUUUUCUCGGAAUUCAUCGGUUUUUUCCGAGGAAUACAAUUUUCCUCGGUAUUUCAUAAGAAUAUUCCGACAGAAUGAUAUUUCCUCGGAAUUCCGUCGGUAUAUUCCGAGGAAAUUCCGAGGAAACUAAAUUUUGUGUUUCCUCGGAAAUUCCUUGGGAUAUUCCGAUAAUUUCAUUUUCCGUCGGAAUUUUCGUCAGAAUACCGCUGUUUUCUUAUAGUGUUUCAGUUAUGUUAAUCAAAACGUAUAUGUCGUCUUUUCCAGGCCCGUCUCAUGGGGAUUGAGGGCCCAGUGCUACUCUAAAUUGUUUCACAAAUGUUAUUUAAUAAAAUAAAAUCAUUAAAAUUAUUGAGUCCUAUUUUAUAAUGGUUUUAAAAAUUUAGGGUCCUAAAUUCUAAAGAAAAUUAGUAAAACCAAUGUUGGGCCCUGUACAUUUGUUCCAUGGACACACCCUCAAAGCCGGGCCCGGUCUUUUCCACCACAUUCGAAAAAUGAAUUCGCCUGGUUAAAGUGAAGGAUGAAGGUUGUAUAAUUUAUCUUCUUAGCUUAAAGGUUGGUGAAGGAACGGUGAAUUCAUUCACCAAGGUCCAGAAAAUGAAUUUACCUAGUUAAGAAAGUUACUAUAACUAUCCUUAUGAUAAUCAUCUUUUCACAUUGUAUAACUUAUCUUCUCAGCUUGAAACUUGAAAGGUGGGUGAAAGAAAGGUGGCCUAAAUUGGGCAAGGUUGGCCUAAAAUAUAUAUAUAUUUGAAUGCUAUACGAAAACACUGUGGUGACAUGUGGCAUUUUGUGUUUUACACACUAACUUGUUUUUAUUUUAGGUUUGGAGGUUCAUCUACACUAGCCGUCACCAUUUGUGACUUUGAAGUUUCUCUUUUAAAAAAAAACUGUUCAUCAACCUAAUCCUAUAAAUCAAAGCAAAGGCCCAACCACAUUGACAACUUUAUCUAUAAAUAGAAAUAGAAAUUAAAAUCCAUCACUCAGAAACUCUUCCCUCUCCUGCUAACGGUAGCUUAGACGCCGUUUAUUUUUUCCCGCUUUCAGACAAACACUAUGUCCCGUGUGGUAGCAACAGACGACAACAUGUCGUUACCGUUCUUCUCCCCGGAGCCUAACCAUCUCUCCACCUUCUCAACCGCCUCUUCUUCUCCAACCUUUGCUCAGCUCUUGAAGAACGUCGGCGACACGACGACGGUUGAGCUCAACGAUCAGCAUCACGUCGAUAUGAAUCUCGCCUCCCCAAACCAAUCCGUACCGUUCCAUCUCUCCUUCAACGAUCUCACUUACAGCGUCAAAGUCCGCCGCAAGUUCACCUGGAAACGCGCCCCUUCCGCAGAUCCCAUCGUCGGAGAGAGUCCACUCUCUUCCAAGACGAAGACGCUUCUCAACGGAAUCUCCGGAGAGGCUCGAGACGGCGAGAUACUCGCCGUCCUCGGAGCGAGCGGCUCCGGUAAAUCGACGCUGAUCGAUGCCUUAGCGAAUCGAAUCGCGAAAGGAAGCUUGAAAGGAAACGUGACGCUCAACGGCGAAGUUCUCAACUCGAAGAUGCAGAAAGCGAUCUCGGCUUACGUGAUGCAGGACGAUCUCCUCUUCCCGAUGCUAACCGUCGAGGAGACGCUGAUGUUCGCGGCGGAGUUUCGUCUCCCGAGAAGCCUCUCGAAAUCGAAGAAGAGUCUCCGAGUACAAGCUUUGAUCGAUCAGUUAGGACUUCGAAACGCAGCGAAGACGAUCAUCGGAGACGAAGGUCAUCGUGGAAUCUCGGGAGGUGAGAGGCGGAGAGUUUCGAUCGGGAUCGAUAUCAUCCACGAUCCGAUUCUGCUUUUCCUAGACGAGCCGACCUCGGGACUUGACUCGACGAGCGCUCUCAGUGUCGUUAAGGUUCUCAAGCGAAUCGCGCAGAGCGGGAGCAUGGUGAUCAUGACUCUUCACCAGCCUAGCUACCGUCUCCUUCGUUUGCUCGAUAGGCUACUCUUUUUAUCCCGUGGACAAACCGUAUUCAGCGGAUCUCCCGCGAUGCUACCGAGUUUCUUCGCGGAGUUUGGCCACCCGAUUCCUGAACGCGAGAAUCGAACCGAGUUCGCUUUAGACUUAAUCCGAGAGCUGGAAGGAUCAGCCGGUGGGACUAGGAGUUUAGUUGAAUUCAAUAAAGAGUUCAGACAGAGAAAAGCAGAGCCAAGAACUCAGACCGGUCUAUCUCUAAAAGAAGCCAUCAGCGCUAGCAUUUCCAAAGGGAAGCUCGUAUCCGGAGCCACUAGUGGCUCCGGAUCGAGCCCCGUUUCCACCAUUCCAACGUUUGCGAACCCGUUCUGGGUCGAACUUCUGGUUCUAGCCAAACGUUCCAUGACUAACUACCGCAGACAGCCUGAGCUUUUCGGGAUACGACUAGGAGCUGUUCUAGUCACCGGAUUCAUCUUAGCAACCAUGUUUUGGCAGCUUGAUAACUCCCCUAAAGGAGUCCAAGAGCGUCUCGGAUUCUUCGCGUUUGCGAUGUCAACAACGUUCUACACCUGCGCAGACGCUUUGCCCGUUUUCCUCCAAGAACGUUUCAUUUUCAUGAGAGAAACCGCUUACAACGCUUACAGAAGAUCUUCCUAUGUGCUGUCUCACUCUCUAGUGGCUCUUCCUUCGUUAAUCAUCCUCUCGUUGGCUUUCGCAGCAACUACGUUCUGGGCCGUGGGGUUAGAUGGAGGCCUCAUGGGCUUCCUCUUCUACUUCCUAAUAGUCUUGGCAGCUUUCUGGGCGGGAAGCUCAUUUGUAACUUUCUUAUCAGGCGUUGUCCCGCAUGUAAUGCUUGGUUACACCAUCGUGGUAGCUAUAUUAGCCUACUUCUUGCUUUUCAGUGGCUUCUUCAUCACGCGAGAUCGUAUCCCUGCCUACUGGAUCUGGUUCCAUUACAUCUCCUUAGUCAAGUACCCUUACGAAGCUGUUCUCAUAAACGAAUUUGGUGACCCCACAAAGUGUUUCAUCAGGGGAGUUCAGAUAUUUGACAACACACCUCUCGCGGCUGUGCCUCAGGGGAUGAAAGUUAAGCUUUUGUCGACUAUGAGCAAGUCGCUUGGCAUGAGGAUCACGAGCUCCACUUGCUUGACUACAGGAUAUGAUAUUUUGCAGCAGCAAGGUGUUACGGAUCUCAGCAAAUGGAAUUGCUUGUGGAUCACGGUCGCUUGUGGGUUCUUCUUCCGAAUCUUGUUCUACUUUUCUCUGCUUUUGGGCAGCAAGAACAAGAGAAGGUAAGAACAAAACUGUGUUCUAUAUUAUGGACUGAUUCGAAACUUUGUUUUACUUGUUUGUGUACUGUACUUUCCUUUAUUCUUUGUUGUAUAUUUUUUAUUAUUCUGUUGGUAAAAUUGUUCAAAAUACACCAUUUGAACAUUCUAUGAAGAAAUCAUAUGACAUGUA